AUGGGGAAACUGACCAACUCGUCCAAGACCAUUGGUCAGCUUCGAUCAGGUGUUAUACGCCGAAACGUAGCAAAGGCAACAAUUCCGGCAAAAAGUGCCCUGUCUCGAACAGGGAUCAUUGCCAGAAAGAAGUCGACCUUGAGCUCCUUGAACACCAAGGGGGGCUCGAGCAGUUUUUCGACUUCAUUGCCCUUGGAAGAGAACCGAAGCAAGCGUGGCGGUACCUCCAAAAAGCCAAGCCGGUGCUCUAUCAGCAAAUCUGACAAGUACCGAAUUAUUUUGGAGAGAUGCCCCGCUGAGCGAGCCUUGCGAGUCAAACGAGUCAGGCCUGACACCAUUGUGAGGUAUGCUGACAGUGUGGAUGAUUUUUUGCAAUGGGCGCAGAGCAAGAGGCUUCAAGUCAAGUCAGACAGACAGGCUGACAAAGCUAUGGCCAGAUACUUUGAUCAAGUGUUUGAGGAUGGCUGCCCCUUAACCGUUGCUUCAUACACAUUGUUUGGUUACAUAGUGUUGCGAACUAUUCCUGACAGAGCGGAGCGUGACAUGUUUCCGCUUAGUCGUGCGGCUCUUGCGGCAUGGCGUGGUAGCCGUGCUGGUGGGUCCAGGGUUGGAAUGGUGCCUCAGGUGAUUUUUCACUUUGCAGCAUUUUGUAUUCACAACAAAGCAACCGAUGCAGCAGCAGCAGUUUUAUUGCAGUAUGAUCUGUACACACGUCCAUCUGAAAUUCUGAACCUCAGGGGUCGGGAUAUUAUCCCAUCAGUGCAUGCGUUCAACUCUCCUUGGGGCAUUCUUUUAGGAAACUCUGAGUUUGAGGAACAGACCAAAACUGGCGCAACAGAUGAUGUGAUUCUGUGUGACAGCUCGCACCGACAGUGGGCCAACAAGCUGCUGAGAUGCAUUGGAAAGCGUGUUGGACAAUCUGACUCUCCAAUUUUCAAUAUCUCUCUUUCACAGUAUGAAAAGCUGUUUCGUGAUUUCUCAAAACUGGAAGGUCUGAAAGGUGGGCUAUUUACGCCUCAUGUCAUUCGGCAUUCUGGACCAUCAUAUGACCUCAUCAAUGAGUAUCGAACAUUUGAGUCUAUUCAAGCUCGCGGUAGAUGGGCAGCGCCAUCUUCAGUUGCUCGAUACCGCAAGCCUGGUAGACUCUUGAUGACAGCAGCAAGACUUCCUGCAAAAUUUCAGCGAUAUACCGAACAGCCAGUGCCCUUUGCAAUUGGGGGUAUGGGUCAGUUCUUUGGAUGCGUGGAAGUGAUUGUGAAUAGCGAUCGCUUUGGAAUGUUCGUUGAUGAUUUGCAACGUGGCAUUUGGCAAGUGGUUUUCACCAUCAUGUGCUUGGAGUGGGUGACCACCUAUGUGUGCAAACCUCCUGAAGAGAAGCCCUGGGACAUCUUGGGCUGGACUGAUAUCCUCAUUGAGGAUGAGAAGAGCAUUUGGAAUCAGUUCGGCAAGGCGCAGUUGCAGGAGCUGAACAACGGGCGCCUGGCCAUGAUGGGCAUCACCGGCUUGAUCGCCCAGGACGUGCUCUUUGGCGACUUCGGCGAGGCUGCGGUGUUGCCCUGCUUCGGCGCGGCUGCCUGCAAGGAGCUCUUUAGCCCCGUGGGCCCAGAGAGCACCACUGAGCCCUUUUUGGGGGCUGGCUUCAUCUACCCACCCCUGGCGCACGGAGUGCCUGACUCGCCAAUCUUCGACUUCAAGCCGAACAAAAAGCACGAACAUGAAGCGCGGCACCGCGCCCUCGACACGUUCCGACUGUGCUCAACACGAUGGUGGCUUGACCUGCUGAAGGGGUCACCGAAGAGCACCAAGGUUCUGCGGGCACAAGAGAUCGCAGGGGACCCACUGGGCGUGGAGGAUAUGGCCGAGUCCAAGCCCCUGGAGGGAGUUGCAGCCCAGCUGCACAUGCAGGAUUUGAUGAACCACCACACCCAGAAAGCCCUAGCGCAACAGUCCAAAAGGGUGAAACAAGGCAUUUCGAGGUUUCGUCAACUCCUGCGAGAAAUCACAGGAAUGGCGGUGUUCGAUCUCAUGAUUGGCGUUUUGGUGCUUAUUGAUACAGCCUGUAUCAUCUUGCAGCAGGAAUGGUACGGUGAGGUGAAGCAACACCUGGACUCCACCGAAAUCUUCUUGCGUGGUGUCUCGGUGGCCAUUACCACGGCAUUUGCAGUGGAGCUCACAGCGAGAUGCCUGGCUCAAGUCGGCCUUGGUUGGUCCUGGAUGCUAUUCCUGGACGGUUUCAUCGUCCUGGCCUGCUUCGUGGAAGUGGUGGUUUACUCCAUCGAUCCCAGCAAUGCUGCAGCUCUCCGGUUGCUGCGCCCCUUGCGUGCGCUGCGGCUCUUGCGCGCAGCGCGCGGCUGCGUGCGCGUGCUUCAACGCUCGAGCCUGGCGGUCUUGGCGUUGAGCGCCUUUGCGAAGUCACUGAAACCACUGGCAGUGAUUGGAGCCACUUUCCUUUGCGGAGUGAUCUCUGUCUCAGUGAUCUUAGUGCUCCAGCUUCCCGCCACCAUCAUUGAGCUGCACAGCCCAGAGGUGGAGCAAGAAGUCCUUGAGAAAUUCGGCUCGGUGCUGGCAUCGGCCAGCACAGUCUUGCAGGUGUGUUUCGGAUCGCAUGACCUUGGCCCUUUACUCUUCACCAUUUUCGCCAAGUCUGGGGGAAGGCCUCAGCUUGCAAUCUUCACGGCCUCAGUCCUGGCCUUUCUUCUGAUCACUUUCCUCUGCAUUUCUGGUGUCGUUUGCGGCGUACUUCUCAGUCAAGUUAUCGUGCAGAAAGGAGAUGCAGAGGUGGAUGGUGGCAUUGAGUCCUUCCGAAAAAAUCAGGAUCUCGUGUUGAGCCUCAACCAGGUCUUCGAGGAUGCUGGCUUUUCCAGCAGUGACAACAUCAGCUGGUCCGAUGUUCUGAGCGUUUUAGCCGUGGAUAAGGACAAGGCAGGGCAAGACACAGAUCAAUCUGCUUGGCAAUAUCUGCUGACUGCAGGGCCUAGUGCGGCCAAGAUGGAAGAGGACGAGGAGGAGGAUACCGAGCGUUUCAGAUGCAUUCUCCAAGACAAGGGCAUCACCAUGGAGGAGUUGUACGAAGCCUAUCACGAGAUGGCGCUUUUCGGUGCAGUCAGUGUGGAGGACUUUAUUUUGUGCACCUUCAAACACGUGGCGAACAUCAAGACGGUCUCCAUGCUGUCCUUCAACCACCAACAGAACAAGGUCUUUUGGCGGAUUCAGUAUCAUGCGCAGCUGGUGGAUGAUGCCCUACAUGAUAUGAGGUUUAAGAUUGGCAAUUUGCACGCCGCUUUGCCAGACAUGAUCCAAGAAGUGGAGGCUGCGUCGCUGGAACUGAAGGAGCUCGAUGCAUUGGAGGCGAGGUUAGAGCUGAAGAAGCAGGCUCUGCGGGACUUGAUUGCUGAGAAGGAGGAGGAGUGUGGCUUCGCGGAGGUCCCUCGGGAGGAGGCGAUGCAGGUGGAACGCGACGGGCAUGAGCUGAAUGAGAUGUUGAAGGAACUCGAAAACGAGGUGGCCAAUCUUGCAGGCAGUGACACGACGCCGCUGCAGCCCAAGGAUGCGACCGACGCCAUUAACUUGUUGGCCGAUGAGAUGGUUCAGCACCUCUGGGGCGUGAUGUUAGAGGUUCCAACAAAUAUGGUGACAAACAUCAGUGAAGGCAACAAACAAGUUUUCCUGACAGAUUUACCCGCUGGUAAACUAACAUAGCUACUGAACAUG